AUGAGCGGCCGCGUCGGGGACCUGAGCCCGCGGCAGGCGGAGGUGCUGGCCCAGUUCCGGGAGAAGCUGCAGGACGUGCUGCCCUCCCUACCAUCCCAGGACGACUAUUUCCUCCUGAAAUGGCUCCGAGCACGCUCCUUCGACCUGCCCAAGGCAGAGGCGAUGCUCCGCAAGCACAUCGAGGUCCGCAAGCACAUGGACGCCGACAACAUCAUUGCCUGGGAGCCACCUGAGGUGAUUCGGAAGUACAUGUCCGGCGGGAUGUGUGGCUACGACCGGGAGGGCAGCCCAGUGUGGUACGAGAUCAUUGGGCCCAUGGAUGCCAAGGGGCUCCUGUUCUCUGCCUCCAAGCAGGACCUGAUCAAGAACAAGUUUCGGGACUGUGAACUGCUCCGGCGCGAGUGUGAGCAGCAGAGUGAAAAGCUGGGCAAGAAGAUUGAGAUGGUGAUGAUGGUGUACGACUGUGAGGGCCUGGGCCUGAAGCACCUCUGGAAGCCAGCUGUGGACACAUAUGGGGAGAUCCUGUCCAUGUUCGAGGAGAAUUACCCCGAGUCCCUCAAGUGCCUCUUUAUUGUGAAGGCCCCCAAGCUCUUCCCUGUGGCCUACAACCUGGUCAAGCACUUUCUGAGCGAGGACACACGCAAGAAGGUCGUGGUGUUGGGAUCCAACUGGAAGGAGGUCCUGCAAAAGUACAUUGACCCUGCACAGAUCCCGGUGGAGUAUGGGGGGACGUUGACAGACCCUGAUGGGGACCCCAAGUGCUCCAGCAAGAUAAAUUAUGGGGGGGACGUGCCCCAGCAUUACUACGUGCGGGAUCAGCUGGCGCAGAAGUACGAACACUCAGUCGUGGUCAACCGGGGCUCAUCCCACCAGGUCGAGUACGAGAUCCUCUUUCCCGGCUGCGUGCUCAGGUGGCAGUUCCGCUCCGAGGGCGCUGACAUCGGCUUUGGGGUGUACCUGAAAACCAAGGUUGGGGAGCGGCAGCGGGCGAGUGACAUGACCGAGGUUCUCCCUAACCAGCGCUACAACGCACACAUGGUGCCCGAGGACGGCUCCCUCACCUGCUCCACGCCUGGCAUUUAUGUCCUGCGCUUCGACAACACCUACAGCUUCCUCCACUCCAAGAAGGUCAGCUACAGCGUGGAGGUGCUGCUGCCCGACACCGCCUCAGCUCAGCAGAUCCAGGGGGAGUCCCCCAGUCACAGCCCCUGA